GCAUCUCGCAUCUCGCAGCUCGCCUCUCGCCUCUCCGCCGCUCGCCUGCCUCUGUCUCUGCCUGUACCGCGGCGCGCGCUCGCCCCCGUCCCCCCUCGUACCCAUAGAUGACGCUGGUUGCGCACUCGACCCCACGGAGCAGCGGCGCAUCAUUCCAUGCAGUCAAAUCUCAGAGCCCAGGCUGAGAUUCAGGCCCAGAGGAAGAAGCAGCUUGCCAAUUCGUACAAACAACUACUCGAUGAAUUCGCCGCCACGGAUCUCAAGACGGUCGGCAACUACACCGUCGGCAAGCUGAUAGGCAAAGGUAGCUUCGGCAAGGUCUAUCUCGCGUCCCACAAACUCAGCAAUGGCUCCAGGGUCGUGCUCAAGAGCGCGAACAAGGACGACGCCAACCUCGCGCGCGAGAUCCACCACCAUCGCCAGUUUAUCCACCCCCACAUUGCCCGCCUGUACGAGGUUAUAGUUACCGAAAAGCUGGUCUGGUUGGUACUCGAGUACUGUCCGGGUGAUGAACUCUACAACUACCUCCUAGCCAAGGGCGCCCUCGAGCCCGCAAAGGUCCAGCGCAUCUUCACCCAGCUCGUCGGCGCCGUCACCUAUGUCCACAACAAGUCGUGCGUCCACCGCGAUCUCAAGCUCGAGAACAUCCUGCUCGACAAACACGGCGAUGUCAAGCUGGUCGACUUUGGCUUCACCCGCGAGUACGAGGGCAAGUCCAACUAUCUGCAGACAUGGUGCGGCACGAUUUGCUACAGCGCCCCGGAAAUGCUCAAGGGCGAAAAGUAUGCCGGCGAAAAAGUAGACGUGUGGAGUUUGGGCAUCAUUCUUUACGCGCUUUUGGUGGGCGAGCUGCCCUUUGACGACGACGACGAAAUGGUCACCAAGACAAAAAUCCUCAAAGAGGAGCCAAAAUUCCCAGAGAGCUUUCCGCAGCAGGCAAAGGAACUGUGCCAGGCUUUGCUCUCAAAACGCCCCAUUUUACGGCCUACCCUAGCAGACAUACUCCAGAACCCUUGGUUAUCCGAACAUGCGCCGCGCCAGCAGGAGACGUUGAAGCUGCAGCAGCCGCCCCCCUUCUCUACGGAGCUAGAAAAGGAGGUUUUGCACCGUAUGCGCGCCGCUGGAGUCGACAUUGACAUGGUAAUUGAAAAUGUGUUGGCGCAACGAUGCGAUUCGUUGGCUGGUUGGUGGGCCCUGCUACUCGAAAAAGAAGAACGGAAAGCUAGAAGGAGAGAGCGUAAGCGAAAAGAAAGAGAAGCAGAGGCCAAAAGCCUGAGGCGGCUGAGCGCUGCAAGUAGCCGCCUGGACAAGCUUGCGCCCACCAUCAAGGAAAUGGAUGAGGAGGGCUUGCAUUUGCCCCAGACACCAAAAAGCCGCGGCAGAACUACGAACCGCGCCAGUUUGCAUGGUGCUCCAGAGUUGCCGCGUCUGCCCGAAUCAGGUGCUUCACCCAAUCUCACAGUCGACGACAAACCCCUCCCACCAAUCGACACUCCCCGGGGCCGCAAAUCUCACUCGACAUCACGACCACCGCUUCCUGCCAAAGACUUGGACAGGCGGAGAUCACGCGGUAGCAUGCUGCAAGUUGUUAACAGCAAUCCUGAUCUCCUUUCACCAAACGGCUUUGUACCCAAACAGCGUCGGAAACAGCCCAUCAUCGGGCACCUUUUGUCACUUCGAAAUUGGAUAAAAGAGACAUCUAAGCGUGCACGAUCGCCAAACUCCAAGGCUAGUAGCGGUGGGCAGUCACCACAACUCCCAGAGAGCUCGCCUACAGAGGGCAGACGAAGACAAAGCACGGCCAAUAGGUCGUCUGUAUACACAAGUUCCAAGACUCCAUCGGUUCCACCUAUAUCGACUCGGCCCCGCGGUUCAACCCACGGCUCAGGCUCUGUGCGACGACUAUCAGCAUCGCCUGCCCCAUUGACACCACGUUCUUCAUACCGUCGUUCGUCUGGUGGUCUGCGAGGCCGCAAAUCCACAUCGUCGUCUGUGUCGUCGAUCCGCAGCAUGCCACAUCACCACCACUCACACAGCAAAGCGUCAUCAACAUCCUCUGCCUCACUGGCCUCUCCUGCGGUCUCGACCUCGGGCCAUUCGCACAAACCAUCCAAGUCUCCCCACAACAGCAUCAAAGUCCUCCCCGCUACCCCCACAUCCUCAUCUUUCCCCUCCAACAUCCGCGUGGUCCGCUCAGGAUACUCGGCAGGCCUCAGCGAAUCCAGUGCUGCCUUUGGCAACGGCGGGUCCAUGCCACCUCAGUCGCCCGGGCUUGUCUUUGCCAAACGCAAACGCAGCAUCUUCAAGGGCCCCAUGCUCAACGUCAACACAGGCGUGAGUAACAACUCGUCUGGCGCAUGGCGGGGCAGAAGCAAAGAAAGCGGCAUGGGGAGUCGGGGCACAAGUACGCAGGGCAGACGCAGCGGAGAGAUUAUGGGCAUCACCGAGGAAGAGGAAGAGGAAGAGGUGGAAGAGGUGGAGACGUUUGGGGGAAGACUGGGUGAAGGCGAGUUUGUAGAAGAGGUCAUGGGGCCGCUGACGCCGCCGCCGCCGUUGGUCAAAGAGGAGCUGGAGAAGAAGUUGGAGGAGGAGUUGGAGAAGGAGAAGAUGAAAGAGAAGGAGGAGGAGAAGGAGUUGAACAAGGAGAAGGAGAAGUUGAAGGAAAAGACUGAGGCGGUUGCUGCUUGAGCGUUGGGCGAGGGGCAAGUUUGACAUGUCAUUACUAUUAUUUUUUUCCGUCUUUCUUCUUAUCUUUUUUUUUCUCCUUGCUUUCUUCGAUUGGAUUGGAGAGCUUGGUUUGGGUUGGUGGCUUGGUUGAGACUGGGGGUGAUUUUUUUUUCUCUUCUUUCUUCUUGUUCUUCCUCUUCUUCUUCUUCUUCUUCUUCAAGAGGAAGCGUUGUGUGUAGUUGUUGUUGUUGUUGUUGUUGUUAUUGUUAUUGUUAUUGUCGUUGUCGUUGUUUCACACACACACACUUGUUGCCUCGCUUUUCUCUUCUUGCUUUACUUUUUAUCUAUUCUUGUUUCAUUUCUUCUUCUAUUUAUCAUCAUCAUUGUUAACAUCAUCAUCGUCGUUGUUAGC